AUGAUCGUGGGCGGAGGCUACUGCACCUAUCAGGCUAUCAGAGACUACCCGGCGGGGGCUACAGGCUACCAGACACUCACCCAGCAGAGGCUACUUCUCUCGGGCUAUUGGAGAUUAUGUGUUGAGUGCAUUUUAUUCUCUCAGAGGCGGGCUACAUACAGGGCUAUCAUAGGCGAGGCUCACAUACCAGAGGCUAUCACAGGCUGGGCUACAUACCAGAGGCUAUCACGGCUGGGCUACAUACCAGAGGCUAUAAGCGAGGGCUACAUACCAGAGACUAUCACAGGCAAGGCUACAUACCAGAGGCUAACACAGGCUGGGCUACAUACCAGAGGCUAUCACAGGCUGGGCUACAUACCAGAGGGUAUCACAGACCACAACAUCUCUCAGACCACAACAUCUCCCAGAACACAACAUCUCUCAGACCACAACAUCUCCCAGAACACAACAUCUCUCAGACCACAACAUCUCCCAGAACACAACAUCUCUCAGACCACAACAUCUCCCAGAACACAACAUCUCUCAGAACACAACAUCUCCCAGAACACAACAUCUCUCAGACCACAACAUCUCCCAGAACACAACAUCUCUCAGAACACAACAUCUCUCAGAACACAACAUCUCGCAGAACACAACAUCUCCCAGAACACAACAUCUCUCAGCCCACAACAUCUCUCAGACCACAACAUCGCCAAGAACACAACAUCACUCAGACCACAACAUCUCUCAGAACACAACAUCUCUCAGACCACAACAUCUCUCAGAACACAACAUCUCUCAGACCACAACAUCUCCAAGAACACAACAUCUCUCAGACCACAACAUCUCUCAGAACACAACAUCUCUCAGAACACAACAUCUCUCAGACCACAACAUCUCUCAGAACACAACAUCUCUCAGACCACAGCAUCUCUCAGACCACAACAUCUCUCAGACCACAACAUCUCUCAGACCAAAACAUCUCUCAGAACACAGCAUCUCUCAGACCACAACAUCUCUCAGACCACAACAUCUCUCAGACCACAACAUCUCUCAGUACACAGCAUCUCUCAGAACACAGCAUCUCUCAGACCACAACAUCUCUCAGACCACAACAUCUCUCAGAACACAACAUCUCUCAGAACACAGCAUCUCUCAGAACACAACAUCUCUCAGACCACAACAUCUCUCAGAACACAGCAUCUCUCAGAACACAGCAUCUCCCAGAACACAACAUCUCCAGAACACAACAUCUCUCAGACCACAACAUCUCUCAGAACAGCAUCUCUCAGAACACAGCAUCUCUCAGAACACAGCAUCUCUCAGUACACAGCAUCUCUCAGAACAGCAUCUCUCAGAAGACAGGGCCCAGUCGUCUCGGGUCAGUGA